AUCUCCUGCAGACUCACUCACGAUGACCUCUACAUUCAAUCUAUUGACAGCUGGAGGAGCACGAUUCGAUAAGAAGCGAUUCGCGACGGAUUUUGAGCUGUUCGAAAGCGGUUCCAAGCGCAAAGCAAAGGGCAAGGAGCGAGCUAGACCGACGGAUAUCCCAACUUCACUGGACUACUUUCAUUCUGCCCACCAUGGCACUCAGAGAGCUUCAGCCAGCGAUGACGAAGACGAGGAUUCUGAGGCAGAGUCUUCCACUUCGUCGUCUACUGUCCAACCUCCAAAACACAAAAUAACCUUGACGGGUCCUGAACCACUCCCUAAAUCCCUUCAUUCGAAUCUUCCUUCUCUUGUCACACACCCCUCACAUCCCCUUUCUUCUUCGGCUGGUAAUCCUCUCCUCGCGGCGCUCAAACACGCCAACAUUCGAUUGUUAUGGGGUGUCCAGUGUGCCGUCUCUGGUAGCUUGCUCAGUGGUCACGACACCAUGUGUAUAGCUCCCACUGGUUCUGGCAAGACCCUUUCAUACCUGUUACCUACACUGAUCGCUCUCGGUGAUCCCGCAAGAGCACUACAGGGCCGUGACGAGGGCGUGUCUGGGAUCAGAGCAUUGAUCGUCGUACCGACUCACGACCUCGCCAUCCAGAUCAAGGCAGUGGCCAAAGCGAUCACCGCUGGCCGAGCAUGGAGAGUCAUCGUCCUGAGCAAGGCGACGGAAAAGGCGGUCAUCGAAAGUGCCCCAGGGGCCACUCGGGACGGAGCAGAAGAGGCGAACACCAAGAUCGUGGAAAAAACUGAUGCUCUGGCCAUCGAUAUUCUCAUUGCAACGCCAGAACGUCUGCACCACCUGGUGGAUCAGCGUUCCAUCGACUUGUCACAAACCCGCCAUCUGGUGCUCGAUGAAGCGGACCGCCUAUUCUCAGACGACUUUAGAUCCCAGAUUGAGCCGAUCCUCGCAGCCGCCUCUCACGCAUCAUGCCUCAAGGCAUUCCUCUCCGCCACGAUUCCGUCAGGCUCAGAAGCACUAGCUAAGAAAUGGAUGAAGGGGGACUAUGUCAGGGUUGUCGUCGGCGUCAAAGAUUCUGCCGUAUCGACAGUCGAGCAGUCUCUCCUUUACACGGCAUCAGAACCUGGCAAGCUGAUGGCACUCAAACAACUCUUGUCAUCUGGAUCCCUGCCCUACCCUUCGCUCAUCUUUGUCCAAUCUGUUCAACGUGCGGAGGAUCUUUACCGAUCAUUGGUGCUGGAGAACGUCGACGCUAGCUCAGCGAUGGACGGCGUCAGGGUUGGUUUGGUUCACGGUGACAAAUCGGCCAAGGCGCGAGAUGAUGCCAUUCAGGGCUUCAGAGAAGGGAAAGUCUGGGUUCUAGUCGUCACCGAGGUUUUGGCAAGAGGAAUGGAUUUCAGAGGUGUCAAAGUGGUAGUCAACUAUGGUGUGUUGGACGACAUCUUCUUCGCGAGUCAUGUCCUCCCAUUUGCUGAUCUGACCCCCCUAGACUUUCCCCAAACUACCCAAUCUUACAUUCACCGGAUAGGUCGUACAGGUCGAGCUGGCCAACCUGGGAAAGCCAUUACCUUCUUCACCGAUGUCGACGCACCACAUCUUCGAACGAUCGCAAACGUUCUUCGCGCGAGCGGCUGCCAAGUUCCCGAAUGGAUGCUUGAGCUGAAGAAACCAGGCAAGAAUGAAAAGCACAAAGUUGCCAGAGCGCCUGUGAAACGCGCUCGAGUGGGUGAAGGUGGACGUGAUGUAGGUCGAGAGCUGGUCAAGCGUAAGCGGGAUAUGAUCGAGGCUGGCAAGCGUCGCAAGACGAAGCGUUCGUGAGCGGAUC